AUGAGAGGAAAAUUGUAUAAUACAACUUAUGACGAUAAUAAAAAUCCUAAAUUCAUCAUUUAAAUGGGAGAAUUCCUAAUUAAUUUAAAAAAAAAAUCAUUUUUGCUAGAUGGUUAAGGAAUUGUAUAUUAAGGAAAAUCUAAUUAGCUUAAAAAUAAAGGGGAAUUGAAAAGAGGAGUAUACUUUUAGAAGAUACCAUAAUAUUAAAAUAAACCUCAAUAUAAAUCAUACAGCGUUGAGCCAAGAAGAAUUAAAAUUUUAGAGAUUGUUGAUGGAUAAGCAAUAAGAAAAAAAUGA